UCCACCCAAUUCCACUUCACUGUCUCCUUCAGAUUUUUGAUUACCUGCUUCGGCGUCUGCGUAGCGUAACUGGUAAUUACCACAAACCAUAUUUCCCAAAAACCGAUGAUGAAAGGUUCGAAGCGUUUAGCUGUGUCGGAACCCGACCAGACCGAUACCAACGAAACGGCCUUCCGGAAUAAAAGAAUAAUGGAAGGACCUUUCUUUGAUGCACAUAGGGCUGAACCAUCCCAACAAACAAUGGUGGCAACGCCACCAUUGGAUAUGAAACAGGCAGAGUCAUCCCAGCGGCAUGUGAGAGAUUUAAAUACCCAGUUUGCAAGUUGGGUUCAAACACAACUGAAGAAUCAUCCUGAUGAGCUUUGGGAAGAUGGUGUCAGAGAUUACUUAGAUCAUGCUUCAAGCAUUAUGAAAAAAUUCAGUGAUGUUGUUAACUGGCUGAAAGCAAAUGCCACCAAGGUAGAAAAUUUGGCUGCUGAUACUGGUGUUUCUUUUGCUGGGAAUAAAGUCUUGCCUGCAGUAACAUUAACAUCAACAUUAACAUCCACAAGAACAUUACCAUCAACAUCAACAGGAACAUCAACGUCAACAUCAACAGGAACAUCAACGUCAACAUCAACAGGAGCAUCAACAUCAACGUCAUCGUUGCCUGUAGUAACAAACAAAGAAAAUAAAACUUUUGGAGAAAAAUUUGUGUCUACUUCUGUUAAUACUGCCACAAUUUUUGCAAGUUCGUGGAGCCCAAACAGUCAAAACGCUUUUGUAUUUGGAAAUCAAGGUUCUGCUCCCUCUAACCAUGACGCUUCAGAUGAUGUAGAUGGUGAAAAUGACUUGGAGCGACCUAGCAGCCCGUCAGUCGAGAAGUCAGAAGAGAAAGGUGUAGUUGUUGUGCAUGAAGUGAAGUGCAAGCUUUAUGUGAAGUCUAGCGAUCCAGCAGAUAAUGAUGUAUGGAAAGAUAAAGGAAUGGGCCAGCUGUCUAUUAAAUGCAAGGAGGGUGUCAGCAAGGCUACCAAAGAGUCCAAACCUACAAUUAUUGUUCGAAAUGAGGUAGGAAAAAUUCUUCUUAAUGCCUUGUUGUAUCCUGGAAUCAAGACAAAUCUGCAGAAGAACUCUCUUGUUGCAAUAUUCCAUACUUCGGGUAAUGCUGACGGAAGUGGUGGAGAUAAUGCUGUUGUUGCUCGUACUUUCUUGAUCCGGAUGAAAACAGAAGAUGAUCGAAAUAAACUGGCUUCAACUAUCCAAGAAUAUGCUCCAGUAUCUUGAGAGUACAGGAGUGAUGAUUAUUGUAUCAUCAUGAGCCAUCAAAUGUAAUAUUGCUGGAUGCAUCUUCCAUUUUUCCUUUCACAAUUUUUUAAAAAAAUAUCUAAGGUGUCACUUGUUACAUUCUGUGUUGACAAACCUUGUGUUCAGAGGCUGUUGCUUAUGUGCCAUACGAGAAGAACGUAGUUUGACUUUGGUCGGCUAAAAUACCUUGGAUCAAUGCUAUUGUCAUUUAAGGGUGAUGCAUGCAUUGCCUUACAUGAAUUACUAUUUUUUCACAC